CCCCGACCCCCGGAAGGGGAAAAUAAGAAUCUCCUUGGAUCGGAGUCCUCCGGGGUAGGGCGUGAAAGCCCCGGGGGCAGGAAGGGACGGAGAAGAGGGGCUUGCCCAGAGCAUGGAUAGGAAAGGAGCCGGGGCGCUCCAGGGCUCAGCGCGCACUGAGGAUCUGUGCCCGGGGCUGCAGCUGCGGAUGAGAAAGGCGCUGUCUGGCUAAUGAAGGCCACCUGGAUCAGGCUUCUGAAAAGAGCCAAGGGAGGAAGGCUGAAGAAUUCGGAUAUCUGUGGUUCGGCAGACUCCUACACCAGCCGUCCGUCCGAUUCAGAUGUUUCUUUGGAGGAAGAUCGGGAGGCAGUGCGCAGAGAAGCAGAGCGACAGGCCCAGGCCCAGCUGGAAAAGGCAAAGACAAAGCCCGUUGCAUUUGCUGUUCGGACAAAUGUCAGCUAUAGUGCAGCCCACGAAGAUGAUGUUCCAGUGCCAGGCAUGGCCAUCUCCUUCGAAGCAAAAGAUUUUCUGCAUGUUAAGGAAAAAUUUAACAAUGACUGGUGGAUAGGACGAUUGGUGAAAGAAGGCUGUGAAAUCGGCUUCAUUCCAAGCCCGGUGAAACUAGAAAAUAUGAGGCUGCAGCAUGAACAGAGAGCCAAGCAAGGGAAAUUCUACUCCAGUAAAUCAGGAGGAAACUCAUCAUCCAGUUUGGGUGACAUAGUACCUAGUUCCAGAAAAUCUACACCGCCAUCAUCAGCUGUAGACAUAGAUGCUACUGGCUUAGAUGCAGAAGAAAAUGAUAUUCCAGCCAACCACCGCUCCCCUAAACCCAGUGCAAACAGUGUAACGUCACCCCACUCCAAAGAGAAAAGAAUGCCCUUCUUUAAGAAGACAGAGCACACUCCUCCUUAUGACGUGGUACCUUCUAUGCGACCAGUGGUCUUGGUGGGCCCUUCUCUGAAGGGGUAUGAGGUCACAGAUAUGAUGCAAAAAGCGUUGUUUGAUUUUUUAAAACACAGAUUUGAAGGGCGGAUAUCCAUCACAAGGGUCACGGCUGACAUCUCGCUCGCCAAGCGCUCAGUGUUAAACAAUCCCAGCAAGCACGCGAUAAUAGAAAGAUCCAACACAAGGUCAAGCUUAGCGGAAGUUCAGAGUGAAAUCGAAAGGAUUUUUGAACUUGCAAGAACAUUGCAACUGGUAGUCCUUGAUGCGGAUACUAUUAAUCAUCCAGCUCAACUCAGUAAAACUUCUUUGGCCCCUAUUAUAGUAUAUGUAAAGAUUUCUUCUCCUAAGGUUUUACAAAGGUUAAUAAAAUCUCGAGGGAAAUCUCAAGCUAAACACCUCAAUGUCCAGAUGGUGGCAGCUGAUAAACUGGCUCAGUGUCCUCCAGAACUGUUUGACGUGAUCUUGGACGAGAACCAGCUUGAGGAUGCUUGUGAGCACCUUGCCGACUAUCUGGAGGCCUACUGGAAGGCCACCCACCCUCCCAGCAGCCAUCUCCCCAACCCUCUCCUUAGUCGUACUUUAGCCACUUCAACUCUGCCCAGUAGCCCCACUCAAGCCUCUAAUUCACAGGCUUCUCACGGCGAUCAGAGGACUGAGCGCUCGGCUCCUGCCCGCGCUGCCUCCCAAGCUGAAGAGGAACCCUGCCCGGAACCCGUCAAGAAGCCCCAGCACCGGUCCUCUUCCUCCGCCCAGCACCACAGCCAUCGCAGUGGGACAAGUCGAGGCCUCUCCAGGCAGGAGACAUUUGACUCGGAAACCCAGGAGAGUCGAGACUCUGCCUACGUGGAGCCGAAGGAAGAUUAUUCCCACGAACACGUGGACCACUAUGCCCCCCACCGAGACCAUAACCACCGAGAUGAGCCCCACGGGAGCAGUGAGCACAGACACAGGGAGUCUCGGCACCGUUCCAGGGACCCGGAUAGAGAGCAGGACCACAACGAGUGCAACAAGCAACGGAGUCGGCAUAAAUCCAAGGAUCGCUAUUGUGACAAGGACGGAGAAGGCAUCUCCAAAAAACGGAACGAGGCUGGGGAGUGGAACAGGGAUGUUUACAUCCGCCAGUGACUUUUGCCCGUUUGUGUGUGUUUUUUUUUUUUAAGUCUUGUAUACCACCCCCCCUCAGACUCAAUCUUUGGGGUCACUGCAGUCAUAUGUGAUCUGUCCUGUAUACUUUGUAUUGCUGUUGCUUGAAGAGCAAUAGCAUGAUAGAGAGUAUUAAUAUACUUUUUUUUUCUUUUGUAAGUGCUACAUAAAUUUGCCUGGUAUGGCUGCAGACCUCCGGUUGUAUACUGGACUUUUCAAAAA